AUGCCGACGCCAUCAAGAUUGAAACACAGGGAAUCAUUGUCCUCCUCCGUUUACGACGACGUCCCUCUUGCCGACCCGGACGGUGUCCAUCUUGGAGAAGAUGCUAGCGGCGUAGAGGGCCAUGUUGACGGUUCAGGGACUACUAUGUCGUCUGACUCCAAUUACCUGGCCCUCGACUUGGACGCUGGGAUCUGGGAGGCCGAAGGGGAGUCAGACAUGGCACGGAGGCGUGGCCAGAGGAACGUUCUCGUCCUCUGGAUUGUUCAUGGCAAGGGAUGA